AUGGAUACCGUAACAGCACUGAUAGGCGGUCAAGACGGCCACCGGGACCGAAGAGCUGGCAUUGUGAGCAAUGAGUUACAGAGAUACAUGUACUUCAAUGUGUACCUCGUGGGCGUGGAUUGUUCUUCCAUCUCUAACAUAGGUACCAUCACACUUUUAGGAGCCAUCAAAAUAACCUUGUUCAUCUACACGUUCAUCGUGAGCUGUUACCUCCCUGUCUACGCCACACACGGGCUCGGGUGGGCUCAAGCCUCUGAAGUUAAUGAGACAAAACUUGUGCUCUGGUUCUCCGACAUCCGUGAUGAGGUGGAAGUGAUGGUCGACUGGAUUGCUGUGAUGUACGUGGGUUUUGCUUGGCCUCGUGCAAUGUUUCUGGACAUCUCCAUGCUAACGACAGUCUUCAUCUCUCUUGAGCGAUGUCUCUGUGUGAUCAUUCCUCUACAUUUUAAAGGUACCAUCACACUUGCGAGAGCCAUCAAGAUCAUCUCGUUCAUCUACGCGUUCAUCGUGAGCUGCUACCUCCCUGUCUACGCUACACACGGGCUCGGGUGGGCUCCAGCCUCUGAAGUGAAUGGGACAAAACUUGUGCUCUGGUUCUCCGACAUCCGUAAAGAGGUGGAAGUAGUCAGUAAUACCGUUAACGGCAUCAUCAUACCCACUGUAUCCCACCUGACGGUCAUCAUGUGUGCCUACGUUAUGAUGUUAGGGUUAAGAUCAACGUCAAACUUUCGAAGCAAAGCCAAUACGAAAAGGAACGCUGGAGCAAGUAAUAGCACUCAACACAUUGUCGCCCCUUCUAAGAUCCUGCCAACUUCAAAAAGAGAUGGCACAACAGAGGAACAGUCACAUUACAAUGUUCGUCCUGAGAGUGAAAGCAGACAUGCGGGUACAAGUAAAAGUUCAACACUGUGUGGGAAAGAAAGACGUGCUGUGAAACUGGUGACGUUGGUUGCUAUUGUUUUUAUUUUUUGCACCUUGCCUCAGGUGGCAAUGGUGUACGCUCGACGGUUUAUUGAAGAGCUUGCUGUGAAUCGUCGGUACCAUAACAUCCACUGGACCCUUUUCGGUGUUGUUUACUUUGUGGGAGGCAUCAAUUCUUGCGUAAACAUGUUUUUGUACCUCUACGCAAGUUCAAGGUAUAGAAAUAUUUUCUUGUCUAUGGUUGAUAAAAAGCUCAAAGGAGCCUCGGCUUGA